AUGGCAUCAGCAGCAGCAGCAGCAGCAGCCAGCGGCGGCCAAGCAGCUCCACCAUCAUCGGACCCGGCAUCCCCGUCGCCGCCGCCGCCCGUCUUCAACUACAUCCUCUCCUUUGUGCUCGUCGGCCUCGCCUGGGGCCUCACCACGCCCUUCAUCCGCGCCGCCGCGCGCUCCCACCGCCCGCCCCCGCACCCGCUGCUCGACAGCCCCCGCGUGCGCGCCUCGUGGCUGCGCGCCCGCCUGCUGCGCGCCUUCUUCGCCGUCGUCGACCUGCUGCGCAACCCGCGCUACGCCGUCCCGCUGCUGCUCAACCUCACCGGCAGCGUCUGGUUCUUUCUCCUCAUUGGGCAGGCCGAGCUGAGUUUAACCGUGCCCAUUGUCAACACCAUGGCCUUUCUCUUCACCGUCCUCGGCGAGUGGUACGUCGAGGGCAAGGUCAUUAGCAGGGAUACCGGCAUUGGCAUGGCCCUUUCAUUAGGCGGAAUCGCCCUGUGCGUACAUAGCAAGACGUGA